AUGGACCUACAGGGAGAGGGUAAGGACCUAAAGGGAGAGGGUAAGGACCUACAGGGAGAGGGUAAGGACCUACAGGGAGAGGGAAAGGACAUGGACCUACAGGGAGAGGGUAAGGACCUACAGGGAGAGGGUAAUAACCUAAGGGAGAGGGUAAGGACCUACAGGGAGAGGGUAAGGACCUACAGGGAGAGGGUAAGGACAUGGACCUACAGGGAGAAGGUUCAGACCUACAGGGAGAGGGUAAGGACCUACAGGAGAGGAGUUCCAGCCCCUACCCUCUCCUGGACCUCGCUCCUCUCUGCCCUCUCCCCCGACGGAGAGGGCCUCUCUGCGCUCCGGACGCUCUUUCAUCCAACCCACUCCAGAGACCGAGGCCGGGUGACCUUCGCUCAGGACUGUUCCAGUGACAACACCACCUCUGAUGUGUCAACACCUGACCCGCAGAACCUCCAGCCCAACCUCCAGCCUAACCUUCAGCUCAACCUCCAGCCUAACCUCCAGCCUAACCUCCAGCCCAACCUCCAGCCCAACCUCCAGCCUAACCUCCAGCCUAACCUCCAGCCCAACCUCCAGCCCAACCUUCAGCCCAACCUCCAGCCCAACCUCCAGCCCAACCUCCAGCCUAACCUCCAGCCCAACCUCCAGCCUAACCUCCAGCCCAACCUCCAGCCCAACCUCCAGCCGUAUGAUGCCCAACUAGGCAGGGGACAGGCACCGUGGACCCCUCCAUUGGGGACAGACCCAGAGCCACAAGACCCAGUACAGGCCCCAAAAGCCUGGGCCCCUGAGUGCAGCCAUGCCCAUUGGCCCUCCCUCUCCUCCAGCUUGACUCCAGUACUCCAGCCCCUGGCUUCACCACCUCCCAGAGAUACAGACUUGGAGUCCCGGACCAGCAGACUGCUGAGGCUCACCUCAGACCUGUAUGUAGCCACUCACCGAUCAGACGACUCCACUGUCCUCCGGCGGUUCUCUGAAGGGGCCAGUCGGUGCCAGAGUCCAGCCCCACGGAGUGUCUCUGUGGACAGGCUGCUGGAUCACCAGACCCCCAGGCUUCAGCAGUCCUCCAGGAUACAACAUGGAGGAUCUCCCCAGAGACAGAGCAUGGAGCAGGGCUGUCUGGCUGCUCUUACUCCCCCUGGUUCGGUAGACUACACUGGGCAGACUGCCGGGUCCUGUCUCUACUCUCCCUCUGGUCAGGUAGACUACACUGGGCAGACUGCCGGGUCCUGUCUCUACUCCGGUCUCUACUCUCCCUCUGGUCCGGUAGACUACACUGGGCAGACUGCCCGGUCUGGUCUCUACUCUCCCUCUGGUCCGGUAGACUACACUGGGCAGACUGCCCGGUCUGGUCUCUACUCUCCCUCUGGUCCGGUAGACUACACUGGGCAGACUGCCCGGUCUGGUCUCUACUCUCCCUCUGGUCCGGUAGACUACACUGGGCAGACUACACUGGGCAGACUGCCUGGUCCGGUCUCUACUCUCCCUCUGGUCCCGGAGACUAUACUUGGCAGACUGCCCGGUCUGGUCUCUACUCUCCCCUCUGGUCCGGUAGACUACACUGGGCAGACUACACUGGGCAGACUGCCGGGUCCUGUCUCUACUCCGGUCUCUACUCUCCCUCUGGUCCGGUAGACUACACUGGGCAGACUGCCCGGUCUGGUCUCUACUCUCCCUCUGGUCCAGUAGACUACACUGGGCAGACUGCCCGGUCCGGUCUCUACUCUCCCCCUGGUUCGGUAGACUACACUGGGCAGACUGCCGGGUCCUGUCUCUACUCUCCCUCUGGUCCGGUAGACUACACUGGGCAGACUGCCCGGUCUGGUCUCUACUCUCCCUCUGGUCCAGUAGACUACACUGGGCAGACUGCCCGGUCUGGUCUCUACUCUCCCUCUGGUCCAGUAGACUACACUGGGCAGACUACACUGGGCAGACUGCCGGGUCUGGUCUCUACUCUCCCUUUGGUCCGGUAGACUACACUGGGCAGACUGCCCGGUCUGGUCUCUACACUCCCUCUGGUCCAGUAGACUACACUGGGCAGACUACACUGGGCAGACUGCCCGGUCCGGUCUCUACUCCAGUCUUUACACCUCCCCCAGGGUCAGACUGCCUGGUCCGGUCUCUACUCCAGUUUUUACACCUCCCCCAGGGUCAGACUGCCCGGUCCGGUCUCUACUCCAGUCUUUACAGCUCCCCCAGGGUCAGACUGCCUGGUCCGGUCUCUACUCCAGUCUCUACACCUCCCCCAAGGUCAGACUGCCUGGUCCAGUCUCUACUCCAAUCUUUACACCUCCCCCUGGUCCGGUCUCUACUCCAGUCUUUACACCUCCCCUGGUCCGGUCUCUACUC